UUUGUCGGAAGUAGAGGGCCGCGCGUCGUUCACGUUUAACAUACGUUUAGGGAAUCUGUGAGUGUUUGUCAGAUUGUGUGCGUGUGUGUGAAUCAAUCACACAACCACACCAACAACCCCCAGACGGUGUAUCUACUACAAUAAAAACAACAAAAAAUAAGAGAACAACGACACCGAAGCGACGAAUACAAAUAUAGCAAUCAAGCGAAACCGGUUCCGGUGCUACGCGUUCGUUCGUUUGGUGAAUUGUGUGCGUGUGCGCGACACACAUACAUACAUACACGCACUUAUCUAAGUAAGAAUUGCUAUAAAAGCAAAGAAAAAUUGUGCAAGUGUUGAAAGUGAAAAUCGAAAAUUUGACAAACAAGUGUUAAAUUACGCUUCGCACGCCGUCCUAUUCAGUGCGCAAUAUUGAAACAUAUUGUGGAUUAACAUUUGGAUACGUUAUAAACCACUACUAGGCGAACCAGCAAAAUAAGAAAAACAACAACGACGCACAGCAACAAAAGCAGCAGGAAAAGCCGUAAAAUGUUGCCGCUACCGCGCUUACACGCCAUAAAAUGGCUAACACUACUUGCAGCUAUGGCUGCCUUCUGCACCCCACUCGCUUAUGCGGCGAGUCAACCCGAUGCCGACCAGAAAGGACCCGUUUUCCUCAACGAACCCAUUAAUCGCAUUGACUUCUCCAACUCAACAGGUGCCGAAAUCGAAUGCAAAGCCAGCGGAAAUCCUAUGCCUGAAAUUAUAUGGAUUCGUAGCGAUGGCACUGCUGUUGGUGAUGUACCUGGACUGCGCCAGAUCUCAUCAGAUGGCAAAUUGGUCUUUCCACCAUUCCGUGCCGAAGAUUACCGACAAGAAGUGCACGCUCAAGUUUAUGCUUGUUUGGCACGCAAUCAAUUUGGAACCAUCAUUUCACGCGAUGUGCAUGUGCGAGCAGUCGUUCCACAAUCCCAUACGGUAAAUGUCAUGGAUGAGGCUGUUUUGCGCGGCAAUAGCGCCAUACUCAAAUGUCAUAUACCAAGUUUUGUAGCGGAUUUCAUAUCGGUCGCCUCAUGGGUGGAAGAUGAAGAACGCGAAAUAUUCACUACAAACGAUGGCAUCGGACACUUUGAUAGCGAUGGCAAAUAUUUGGUGUUACCCUCUGGUGAACUGCAUAUUCGCGAAGUUGGACCUGAGGAUGGCUACAAGAGCUAUCAGUGCCGCACCAAGCAUCGUCUGACUGGCGAAACACGUUUGAGCGCAACCAAGGGACGCUUGGUGAUUACCGAACCCGUCGGCAGCGUGGCGCCAAAAAUUAGCGUAGAAAAUCGUUUGAAAAAUGCGGAAGCACAAAUUGGUCGUAGUUUUACGCUCUUUUGUCCGGCGCAGUCAUAUCCUGUGCCUCUGUACCGAUGGUAUAAAUUCAUCGAAGGCACCACACGCAAGCAAGCGGUUAUCCUAAAUGAACGCGUAAAGCAAGUUUCCGGCACUCUUAUCAUCAAAGAUGCUGUCGUCGAGGAUUCGGGCAAAUAUUUAUGUGUGGUUAAUAACUCCGUCGGUGGUGAAAGCGUUGAAACUGUGCUCACCGUGACCGCACCACUUUCCGCAAAAAUCGAUCCACCCACACAAACUGUCGACUUUGGACGUCCUGCUGUCUUCACGUGCCAGUACAGCGGCAACCCUAUUAAGACCAUCAGCUGGAUAAAAGACGGCAAAUCAAUUGGCCACAGCGAUCAGGUCUUACGCAUCGAAUCCGUGAAGAAGGAAGACAAGGGCAUGUAUCAGUGUUUCGUGCGCAACGAUCAGGAAUCAGCAGAAGCAAGCGCUGAACUCAAACUUGGCGGCCGUUUCGAUCCACCCGUUAUACGACAGGCAUUCCAAGAGGAAACAAUGGAACCUGGUCCAAGUGUAUUCCUAAAGUGUGUAGCUGGCGGCAAUCCAACACCUGAAAUUUCCUGGGAACUGGAUGGCAAGAAAAUUGCAAAUAUUGAUCGGUAUCAAGUGGGCCAAUAUGUGACUGUGAACGGCGAUGUUGUUUCGUAUUUGAAUAUUACAUCAGUGCAUGCGAACGAUGGCGGUCUCUACAAGUGUAUUGCAAAGAGCAAAGUAGGCGUGGCCGAACACUCGGCGAAAUUGAAUGUCUAUGGACUGCCCUAUAUACGACAAAUGGAAAAGAAAGCUAUUGUCGCCGGCGAGACGCUGAUUGUAACCUGUCCAGUUGCGGGCUAUCCAAUCGACUCGAUCGUUUGGGAACGUGACAAUCGCGCUUUACCCAUCAAUCGCAAACAAAAGGUCUUCCCAAACGGCACUUUGAUCAUCGAAAAUGUGGAACGUAACUCUGAUCAAGCUACAUACACUUGCGUGGCUAAGAAUGUGGAAGGUUAUUCGGCGCGCGGCUCACUAGAAGUACAAGUUAUGGUACUUCCCGCUAUACAUCCUUUCAACUUCGACGCUGAAGCAAAUGAAGGAGACAGCGUACAACUCACUUGUCAUGUGGCGAAAGGUGAUUUGCCGCUAAAAAUACGUUGGUCCCAUAAUGGGUUGCCAUUGUUUUCGCAUAUGGGUGUGUUGGCGAGUAAGAUUGGUGAUCGCAUUAGUUUAUUGACAGUGGAGUCGGUGAAGGCGGCGAAUUCAGGAAAUUAUACAUGCGUUGCAAGCAAUAAAGCGGGACAGAGUGAUUACACGGCUGAGUUGUUGGUUAAUGUCCUUCCGCAAAUCACACCCUUCAGUUACGACGACAUAAUCAACACUGGCGACGCUAUUGAUUUGCUUUGCCAAAUACAAAAAGGUGAUCGCCCCAUCAAGAUUAACUGGAGUUUUGAACGCGCUGCUGGCGAUGCGCGCUACGACAGUCUACAGCCGAUAAUGCGUACAAAUCGCAUAAGCAUCAAAUCGAGCGUGUUAUCGAUACCACGCGCCACGCCUGCGCACACUGGCACAUAUACUUGUAUGGCCAGUAAUGCGGCUGGCUCAACGAUCUACAGCACAAAUAUUACCGUGAAUGUACCACCCAGAUGGAUACUCGAACCCACCGACAAGGCUUUCGCACAAGGUUCUGAUGCUAAGGUCGAAUGCAAAGCUGAUGGCUUCCCCAAACCACAGGUCACUUGGAAGAAAGCUGUUGGCGACAGUCCCGGCGAAUAUAAGGAUCUGAAGAAGAACGAUAAUAUUCGUGUUGAAGAAGGCACACUGCAUAUCGACAAUAUCCAAAAGACAAACGAAGGCUACUAUCUCUGUGAGGCUAUUAAUGGCAUCGGUUCUGGUCUUUCAGCUGUUAUAAUGAUCAGUGUUCAAGCACCACCAGAAUUUACCGAGAAACUGCGCAAUCAGACUGCACGUCGUGGCGAACCCGCUGUCUUGCAAUGCGAAGCGAAGGGCGAAAAACCCAUUGGCAUUCUCUGGAAUAUGAAUAAUGUACGGUUGGAUCCCAAGAAUGACAACCGCUACACCAUACGCGAGGAAAUCCUCUCCACCGGCGUUAUGUCUAGCCUCUCAAUUAAACGCACUGAACGCUCUGACUCGGCACUCUUCACUUGCUUGGCCACCAAUGCUUUUGGCUCGGAUGAUGCUAGCAUUAAUAUGAUUAUACAGGAAGUGCCUGAGAUGCCUUAUGCUUUGAAGGUUUUAGACAAAUCUGGCCGUUCUGUGCAGCUGAGCUGGGCGCAACCCUACGAUGGCAAUUCACCACUUAUCCGGUAUAUUAUUGAAUUCAAACGCUCGCGUGCAUCCUGGGAUGAAGUGGACCGUGUUAUGGUGCCUGGUCAUACUACCGAAGCGCAAGUGCAGAAAUUGAGCCCCGCCACCACCUACAACAUACGCAUUGUCGCCGAGAAUGCGAUUGGUACCUCGCAAUCGUCGGAAGCUGUUACAAUCAUUACCGCCGAAGAAGCACCCUCUGGCAAGCCACAGAAUAUCAAAGUUGAACCCGUCAACCAGACUACACUGCGCGUCACCUGGAAACCACCAGCACGCUCUGAAUGGAAUGGUGAAAUUUUGGGUUACUAUGUUGGCUAUAAACUAUCGAAUACCAAUUCUUCAUAUGUUUUUGAGACUGUUAACUUUUUGACUGAAGAAGGCAAGGAACAUAGCUUAGAAUUGAAUAACUUGCGCGUUUACACUCAAUACUCGGUGGUGAUCCAGGCAUUCAACAAGAUUGGCGCCGGUCCAUUGAGCGAUGAGGAGAAACAAUUCACUGCCGAGGGCACACCUAGUCAACCACCAAGCGACACUGCCUGCACCACAUUGACCUCGCAAACCAUUCGCGUCAGCUGGGUGAGUCCACCACUGGAAUCGGCUAAUGGCGUAAUUAAGACUUACAAGGUGGUGUAUGCGCCCAGCGAUGAAUGGUAUGAUGACACCAAACGUCACUACAAGAAGACUGCCUCCUCAGAUACCGUUUUACAUGGACUUAAGAAAUUCACCAACUACACCAUGCAAGUGCUCGCUACCACCGCUGGCGGCGAUGGCGUACGCAGCGCACCCAUACACUGUCAAACUGAACCUGAUGUCCCCGAAGCACCCACCGAUGUUAAGGCCUUAGUCAAGGGUCAAGCUGCUAUAUUGGUUUCAUGGCGCCCACCAGCACAACCCAAUGGCAUCAUACAACAGUAUACUGUAUACUCAAAAGUCGAAGGUGCAGAAGGUGAACCCAAGAGCCAAAAGAUACCACACUAUCAAAUGAGUUAUGAAGCGACUGAAUUGGAAAAGAAUAAGCCAUAUGAAUUCUGGGUCACCGCUAGCACUAAUAUCGGCGAGGGUCAACCUUCAAAGAGUAUUGUAGCCAUGCCCAGUGAUCAAGUACCCGCUAAGAUUGCUUCAUUCGAUGACACAUUCACUGCCACUUUCAAGGAAGAUGCAAAAAUGCCCUGCUUGGCUGUAGGUGCGCCACAACCUGAGAUUACCUGGAAGAUUAAGGGCGUUGAAUUCACCGGCAAUGAUCGUAUGCGCGUUCUGCCCGAUGGCUCACUAUUGAUAAAGUCAGUUAAUCGUCAAGAUGCUGGUGAAUAUUCAUGCCAUGCGGAAAAUUCGAUUGCAAAGGAUUCAAUUACACACAAAUUGAUUGUAUUGGCACCACCACAAUCGCCACAAGUUUCGCUAUCGGCCACAACCACCGAUUCAUUGACUGUGAAAUUGAAGCCACACGAGGGAGAUACCGCACCAUUGCAUGGUUAUACACUGCACUAUAAGCCAGAAUUUGGAGAAUGGGAAACUGCCGAGGUGUCUGUGGAUGCACAAAAAUACACUAUCGAAAAUCUGCUCUGCGGCUCACGCUAUCAAGUCUAUGCUACCGGUUUCAACAACAUCGGCGCUGGCGAAGCUUCAGACAUACUGAAUACCCGCACCAAAGGCUACAAACCCAAACUGCCAGAGAAGCAACGCUUCAUUGAGGUUUCCUCCAACUCGGUUUCACUGCAUUUCAAGGCCUGGAAAGAUGGCGGCUGCCCUAUGUCACACUUUGUUGUUGAGAACAAGAAGCGCGAUCAAACUGAAUGGAAUCAAAUUUCGAACAAUGUUAAGCCCGAUAAUAACUAUGUUGUUUUGGAUUUGGAACCCGCCACCUGGUAUAACCUACGUAUUACCGCUCAUAAUUCUGCCGGUUUUACUGUUGCCGAAUAUGAUUUUGCCACACUGACUGUGACUGGAGGCACCGUUGCACCACUCGACGAUGGUCACGGUACAGGCAAUUUGAACACACGCAUACGCUUGCCCGCUUGGAUGCCCGAAUGGCUCGAUUUGAAUUUCAUGGUGCCUCUAAUAGCCACUGUCAUUGUGGUAGCGGUGGGUAUACUUGUUGUGUGUGUAGCGCUUUCCAGACGCCGUGCGGACGACUUGCGAGGCGGACAAAAGGAUGUGUACUACGAUGUAGUUUACAAUCAGACCAUGGGACCUGGCGCCACCUUGGAUAAACGACGACCCGAUUUACGCGACGAACUCGGCUAUAUUGCACCACCCAAUCGCAAGCUGCCACCAGUGCCCGGCUCGAAUUACAACACCUGCGACCGGAUUAAGCGAGCACGUGGCAUACGCUCGAAUCACUCCACCUGGGAUCCACGCCGUACAAACUUGUACGAGGAAUUGAAGACGCCACCAGUGCCAUUGCACGGUAAUCAUUAUGGUCCCGAGGAUGUACAAUGCCAUUAUAGACAUCCAGGCAUGGAAGACGAAAUCUGUCCCUAUGCAACCUUCCACUUGCUCGGCUUCCGCGAAGAAAUGGAUCCCACCAAAGCAAUGAACUUCCAAACCUUCCCACAUCAAAAUGGACAUGCACCCGGGCCCGGACAUGCUGGCACCAUGGGACCACCCGGUCAUCCCGGACAUGUACACUCACGCUCCGGCUCACAGUCAAUGCCACGCGCCAAUCGCUAUGCACGCAAGAAUAGCCAAGGUGGACAAUCGUCGAUUUACACACCAGCUCCGGAAUAUGAUGACCCAGCCAAUUGCGCUGAGGAGGAUCAAUAUCGCCGUUACACACGCGUCAACUCGCAGGGCGGCAGCCUGUACUCAGGUCCCGGCCCUGAAUAUGAUGAUCCUGCCAAUUGCGCACCCGAAGAGGAUCAAUAUGGCUCACAGUAUGGCGGCCCAUAUGGCACACCAUACGAUCAUUAUGGCUCACGUGGCUCGAUGGGACGUCGCAGUGUUGGUUCUGCACGUAAUCCAGGCAAUGGUUCGCCAGAGCCUCCACCACCACCACCACGCAACCACGAUAUGAGCAAUUCAUCGUUCAACGACUCCAAGGAGAGCAAUGAGAUCUCAGAAGCUGAAUGUGAUCGUGAUCAUGGACCACGCGGCAAUUAUGGCGCUGUCAAAAGAUCCCCACUACAAAAGGAUCAGCGUACAACUGAAGAAAUGCGCAAACUGAUUGAAAGUCGACGGCCAUUAAACGAAGCCGGUCCAAAACAACUCCAACAACAAAGUGGCGCAGGAUUCACAGCCUACGAUACUAUGGCAGUGUAAUUUGUAAACCGUUAGCUGUAGUACCAACGAUAACCACAAACACAAUUUACUAGCACAACAACAACUAGCAGAAAAAUGUAAAACCUCCCAGCUCCACUAGUCACAGCAGCAGCAGCAGCAGCAGCGAAAACCAAAACAAACCAAAUUUUUUCUUUCAGUGGAUUAGUUUGGUGAAAUACAUAGAGCAGAAAUUAGUUGAGUAUUAUGUAGCGUGUGAGAGAUAUUGCUGAGGGGGAGCGAAGAAUGGAGAGCGGGGUUUGACAAAUGUAUGUACAUACUCUCCAGCUCUACUCAAAAUAGUUAGGCAGCGCAUGGGAGAAAGAGAGCGAGUAAUAUAAGUGAGUUACGGAGAGAGGAAAUGUGUGAGCGGGAAAUUGAAACAAGAGAGAUGACGGGCGUAAUUUGUGCGAAAGAGAUAAGUACCAUAUAUAUAUGUUAUUUGGGCAUACAUAUAUACAUAAAAGAACAUCACAUUAAGUGUAAACGAAAAAAAAACUAAGUACGUGUAUACAAACACUCUCGCUCUUUUUCUAUAAAAACUAAAUACGUAACGAAGAAAAUAUAAUGAAAAAGAUGCAAAAAAGAAGAAAGUAAAAUCAUAGAAAAGUUGCUGAGGAGUUGUAUGACGAAGUUCUAAGAAAAAUAUUGCAUAACUACAUAAACAUAUAUGAAACGCAUUUAUAUUAUACAAUA